CCUUUUUUUUUUUUUUUUUUUUUUUUCUUCUUCUUCUCUCGCCAUGGAGCUGAGGAGCGCGUGUCGGGUGCUCCUCUUCCCGGUCCAAAUGCUCUUGUGCGCGCUGCGCUCGGCGCUGUCGUGGCUGACGCCGAGCGGACGCAAGCAGCUGGGCGACGAGGUGGUGCUGAUCACCGGAGGGGGACGCGGCAUCGGACGCCACCUGGCCAAAGAGUUUGCCAAGCAAGGCGCUCGGAAGGUGAUCCUGUGGGGCCGCACGGAGAAGUGCCUCAAAGAGACGGCUGAAGAGAUCUCCCUGGCGGGAACGGAGUGCCACUACUUCCUGUGCGACGUGGCCAAUCGGGAGGAGGUUUACAAGCAAGCCAAGGUCGUUCGUGAAAAGGCAGUGCUUUUGCCAAUGUUUCUGUCUUUUUCUCUCUUCGUGUUCUGCUCUCAGGUGGGAGAUGUUACGAUAUUAGUGAACAACGCGGCUGUGGUUCACGGCAAGAGUCUGAUGGACAGCGACGACGAUGCCCUACUGAAAUCGCAGCACAUCAACACCAUGGGACAGUUUUGGACCACAAAGGCCUUUCUGCCUCGGAUGCUGGAGCUUCAGCACGGCCACGUCGUGUGCAUCAACUCCAUCCUGUCCCAGUCGCCGAUCCCUGGGGCCAUUGACUACUGUACAUCCAAGGCCUCGUCUCUGGCCUUCAUGGAGAGCUUGACGCUGGGCCUGCUGGACUGUCCCGGCGUUGGCUGCACCACGGUCCUCCCCUUUCACACCAAUACCGAAAUGUUCCAGGGCAUGAGAGUCAGAUUCCCUCAGCUGUUUCCACCUCUCAAGCCCGAGGUGGUCGCCCAAAAGACUGUGGAUGCGGUCCGAGCGGAUGUGGCUUUUCUCUACCUGCCUUGGACCAUGCACGCGCUUGUCGUUCUUAAAAGCUUCAUGCCGCAAGUUGCACUUGAAGAAAUCCACAAGUUUACGGGGAGUUAUACCUGCAUGAACACAUUCAAAGGACGGACAUGAGCUUCGGCCGCCCUCGCCACCUCCGAGAAUUAAAAUAGGGGACAAUGGACCUACAUGUACUUGGAGUUGGGGAAGACGUCAUCGCCGAGGGGAUAUUUGCAAGCUUUUUGCAUCUGCAGGGUGAAAUAAUUGUGAUAAAGGACUGAGGGUUCACCCUGUUUGAAUGUCAGGGAAUGCGUUUCUGCACGUGUUUGUAUAUACUGUACAGAGAUGCUUUCUCAGAAGCCAUGUAUAGGUUUGUACCUGUGACACUUGUUUUAGUCAGAUUUUUUUUUUGAACUUGUUUUUAUUUUUAUUUGCAUAAAAUCACGACAAUAAAAUGCAGUUCUAGA